AGAAGGGAAAGGAGGCCAAAAGUACGGACCAGCCUUUAGGUUCCUUCCCCCAAUCCCCCGAAAAAAAGUCCCAAAAUUUGCGAAAAAUCAUGGGAGGCCACGGUGCCAUUGAGGUGGCCAAGACGGUUAUGGAGGUUGCCGACGUGGCCUGGACCGCCAUGGAAUGCCGCCACCACCACCAGACGAGCCACGAACAGGAGGGCGCGCCCGAGAGCAAGCGCGCGUCUUCGGAGGACGAAUUGGAGGCUAUGCGAUCGGAGAAUCGGCGUCUUAGGAACUUGCUCGAGCAGAAUCUGAAGCUCCUUCAGGACCUCUCCGAAUCCCCUUGUUUAUUCAACGAUUGCCCUCCCGAUUUGUAUGUUCGGCUCGUGGAAACGGUGGAUUCUGAACACUUCUUGACUCGGCUCAAAUCCCUCCAGCAGGCAUCAGCCAACGGAACUAGCUAUGAGUUUCCUUUCAAGGAGGCCACAGGUGAUGAUUUGCACUCGGCUGAAAUUCUAAUAAAAGUUGACAAUGAAGAACCCAGCUGGUGGGUAUGGGUCACAGAUGAAAUGGUGCCAAGCAAUGUUGAAGAAUGGAGCGGAAUUGAUAAUGAAAAUUAUGUAGUUGUUAGUGAGGAGCAUGUGGUGGAUGGGGUUGCCAACUUUAUGGCUAGAUGCAUUAUGUCAAACCCAAAAGCUAGGAAUUUGACACCGGAAGAGCUGCAAAAAACUUUGGGGAAAGCAUUAGCUGAUGUCAGCAAACUGGAGAAGAUGUUAAAUAUUUGGCAUGCUGGGAAACUGUUUUAUGCCCUGUCCACCUGGGGACUUGCUCUGGCAGGGUUGUAUAGGAGUCGUGCGGUACUGAAACUUGCUGCAAUGGGUGUUCACACAACCGGCAAAUUUGUUCUCAGGGCUCUCUAAAGAAGGCUAUUCUACAGCUGUGAACAAUAUUGAUGCUGGGAACUUGUUGCUGUCUUGCCUUUAUACAGGCCAAGAAAACUUAAUGAUUCUUGUACAAAGUUGUAAAUAACAUUGGCUUUGUAGACUGUUCUGCACAGAAAUUAUCACUAUGACUGAUUGUAUUGAUUGAUUUCGUCAUAAUGAUAUCGAUUCCUUGGGAAGUCA